AUGGCGAUCCCUGUCAUCGACUUCUCCAGGCUUGAUGGCGACGAGAGGGCGGCUGCCCUGGCGGAGAUCGCCGCCGGGUUCGAGGAGUGGGGGUUCUUCCAGCUGGUGAACACUGGCAUCCCUGACGAGCUGCUGGAGAGGGUGAAGAAGGUGUGCACCGACUGCUACAAGCUGCGCGAGGAUGGGUUCAACAGGUCCAACCCCGCGGUCAAGGCCCUGGCGGCCCUGGUGGAGCAGGAAGGCGAGGGCCUCGCCCCAAGGAAGGUCGAAGGCAUGGAUUGGGAGGAUGUCUUCACCCUCCACGACGACCUGCCAUGGCCCUCCAUCCCUCCAACCUUCAAGGAGACGAUGAUGGAGUACAGGACGGAGCUGAAGAAGCUGGCGGAGAAGAUGCUGGGCGUCAUGGAGGAGCUUCUGGGGCUGGAGGAAGGGCAAAUCACCAAGGUCUUCUCCAAGGACGGCGACUUCGAGCCUUUCUACGGCACCAAGGUGAGCCACUACCCGCCGUGCCCGCGCCCGGAGAUGGUGGACGGGCUGCGCGCCCACACCGACGCCGGCGGCCUCAUCCUUCUCUUCCAGGACGACCGCGUCGGCGGGCUGCAGGUGCUCGGCCGCGAUGGCCGCUGGGCCGACGUCCAGCCCGUGGAGAACGCCAUCGUCAUCAACACCGGCGACCAGAUUGAGGUGAUGAGCAAUGGCCGGUACAAGAGCGCGUGGCACCGCGUCCUGGCCACCCGCGACGGCAACCGUCGCUCCAUUGCCUCCUUCUACAACCCGGCGCGCGCUGCCACCAUCGCGCCGGCGAUCCCGGCCGCCGCCGACUCCGGCGACUACCCGAGCUUCUCGUUCGGGGACUACAUGGAGGUGUACAUCAAGCAGAAGUUCCAGGACAAGGAGCCCAGGUUCGCAGCGGCUGCGGCGACCAAAAAUAUGGUGGACUGA